AUGGCCGGAACAUUGUCAUGGGACUAUAUCUUCAUUCGCGCAUCCAUAUUUUUCUUGCACCUUAUCGCACCACUUAGCGUUACUUAUUCAUUAGUCAGCAUGCUAGUCCGUCUUCCAUUUCAGUUACCGCGAGUACUACAGGCCUGGCUCGCUCUAGAGGCUCUUUUCUAUUUGGCUGUCUAUCUACCGCUGAAAGAAUACCGCCAGAAGGCCACAAAACACCCCGCCCCGCCCUGCCGCGAUGAUCGUCGGAAGUUUUUUCUAAAAUGCCACAAGAAUAUUCCCGACCCGGCUCAGUACCUAGGAAAAUGGUUCCGGAAUGCGCCAGCUUCCGAGAUAAAGCGCGAUAAUGUCAAGGACUUCUUCCGGUGGGCGUUCUUGAACACGGGAGAUCGUGACCCAUCCCAUGACGAAGAAUUAGAAGAGUACACCCAAGAAGUAGAGAAGCUGCUGAACAAGAAGCUAGAGCCUGGCCGCGGAAAUGUCAAAUGCCUCCAAUUGACACUUGAGAAGGUCGAGAUGUUGCAUCGGAGCUUAACGUGGUAUCUAUGCGUAUACGUUGUCGACACGCUAGCUUCGAUCUCUUUACGAUACCACUCGUUCAACUUUCAUUGCACGUCACUUUCGCAGUUCUUCGCCGUGUUUCCUCUACGCCCCUUCACACUAUUUACGCCCUAUGUUUCUCCAGCGAAGCAUCUCACUUACUGGCACCGUCCACAUACGUCUAAGACAAGACUACCUGUUCUCUUCAUUCAUGGCAUCGGCGUUGGACUUUACCCAUAUAUAAACUUCUUAGCCGACAUAAAUGGUGUCAUAAAUGAGAAUCCUUCUGAUGGACAGGUCGGGAUUAUCGCAAUUGAAAUUAUGUCGAUAAGCUCUCGGAUAACAUACCAGGCGAUGUUGAAAGAACAAAUAUGUAACGAAAUUCGUCGUAUAUUGACCGCACAUGGGUGGGAGAAAUGUGUCUUGGUAUCACAUUCAAGGCCAAGUCAAACCAACGAGCAUUUACUCUCUUACUUCGGUUCCAAAGACAUAGGCAUCUCUCACACACUAUUCCGCCGUUUCUUCUGGGCGGACAACGUAUUAUGGAAAGAGGAUAUCCAAGAUCGCCCGGCGACUGUGGUCUUGGCUGGAAGAGAUUGUGUAAUUGACACAAAAACAAUUCGGGCAUACCUGCUGGGCUUAGACAAGUGGGCCCUGGUAACUACAGAUUUGAUGGACCGCGGAAGGAAAGACGAAGGAUUGGAUGUGAUCUGGUUCCAAGAUCUGGACCACGGCCAGUUUUACCUCGGAAAGUAUAGUUGA